UUACUUUUAUAUUAUCUUCUUCGCAAAGAUUAGAUCUACACUCCCAACACACCACUCAUCACAGACUCUGCUUCAGAUCCCCCUCACCAAAAAUAAAACCUGCCAAAUCUCAUUACACACACAGACACAGUGCAUGUGCAUCCAUAAACAUCAAGUAAUGAGGUAAUCUAAAGUGGGAAAAAAUGGGUGUGGGUCGGUUCAAACCGACGCUGAAGAGGAAGAGGGUUCCGAUGAGGGUCUGGUUAAGCUUCCAAAAAUCAAUGGGUGUCCUCGUGGGUGGAAACCAUACUUCCUCCAGGUUUUGCACUCGCUAAUCCCCCUCUCUUCCCCCCUUCGGCUUCCGAUUUUUCUCUCUCAAUCUUUGUUCAUCAAAGUGCUGCAUCUCUCUCACUCUCUUACUUAACUCGACAACUUCAGCCACAUUAUUCCAUGGAUGCCAAGGUAUUCAAAUUCCAGAUCCUCCAAGGCUCCAUCGCUAAGCGCGUGGUCAUUCGCUCAAUACUACUCGCGUGCGCCGUCUCAAUUGUCUCCAUCUACCGCGCGCAAUCCCUCUUCGAUUUCGGAACCCUCGCUCCCAUCGCCACGUACUUCGACUGCGUUUCCGGCUUCGAGGGCGUCACCUUUCGCCCUGGUUCCCACUUGCUCCGAACCCGCUUCUGGGCCUCCGCCAAUUGCGAGAAAGACGCCAACUUGACCCUCUCCGUGGUCACCGACCUAACUGGUAACAAUUUACUCUACACCGGAGCGAAAAGCCUCUGCGUCGGAGAAGGCUCCUCAAUGGCCGUCACGGCAAUGAAACAGUUAGGUUUCUCCAGCGUCAGCGCCGUCCAAACGCACCGUUUCGUGCAGAGGAACGUCCUGUACGAGGAUAACUCCUUCGAUUUCGUGUUCUCCAGAGACCUAGACAAGGUUUCUGUCCCAGCAUUGCUGGUGCUCGAGGUUGAGCGUGUCCUUAAGCCACGUGGCAUUGGUGCCUUUCUUGUAGGCACCACUAGUUCUCACCCCAAUGAUUUGAUAAGAGCAGCCACACCCGUUUCCUCUUUGUUAAGGUCUUCCAAUGUUGUGCAUGUUGGUUCUGUCAACGAGCUUAACCUUGUUGUUUUCAAGAAACGAGUUGGAAACGCUACUUCAUUUUACCAACAUGGUAAUUUACCCGCUGAUUGUCCCAGUCUCACAUUCACUAAAUCCCUCAUAGAGUUGAUGGAGCCUCUCGUGAGUGAGAAACAAAAACCACCACCUCUUGAGUUUCACAAGAGGAUUCCCUAUUUGCCUAAAUUUGUGGAUGUUUCCACUAGGAAGAGGUUGGUGUAUAUUGACAUUGGGGUAGGGGAGCUUCUUGAUGCCAAUGUUAGUGAUUGGUUCCUACCAUCGUACCCCAUUGAUCAGAAGGAUUUCAAUAUUUAUUUUGUUCACUACAACACUUCGAUUAUGUUGUCCCAUGUGAAGCAACCUGGUAUUACCUUUGUUUACCACCCUGGCUUGUCUGGUAUUGAUAAGGUCAAUGCUAAGCUUGGUAGUGAUGAUGAUGAUGACAUGGAUCCUUUACUUGGGGAGGAGGAGAAGUUUGAUUUCCUUGCCUGGUUCAAAGAAACUGUGCAAUAUGCUGAUUUUGUGGUCCUCAAGAUGAAUGCAGGCAGUGUUGAACUCAAGUUCCUCUCUGAUAUAUUUGAGAAUGGAGCUAUAUGCUAUGUUGAUGAGUUGUUUCUCAAGUGUCCCGAGAGGGGAGGUGAUGCCAGCAAGGGAAGUUGCAUGGAUAUUUACAAGGAUCUCCGAAGCAAUGGUGUCUAUGUGCAUCAAUGGUGGGGAGACUGAACUGCAUUGUACCUUUGAUGAUUAUUGUGGUGUUAGAGAAACCUGUGUAUGUACAAGUUUCUCUUGUGUUUGAUGUAUUUGGAUUCUAGUCGUCCAACUUUGUCUGUGUUGUUGUUGUGCUGUGUUUGUUGUCUGUGAAAGUGUGUAGGAUGCUAUGAACAUCCGAGUGCUUUAUGGUUGGGCGCUUAAUUCUAAAUAAACAACCAAUGUCGUUGUCGUUUGCUAAUAAAAUUAAUCUGUGAUGAUUGUGUUAA